AUGUUGUCCAUAAAAUUAGAAUUGAUUUAUCAUAUGAUCAAGAAGUCUGAACAAGAAUAUGAAGAACAAAGCUUGUCCUAUAAUAAUAAUAAUAAUAAUAAUAAUAAUAAUAAUAAUAAUAAUAAUAAUAAUAACAAUAAUAAUAAUAAUAAUAAUAAUAACUAUUACCAAUUUAAUCAUCAUGGUAAUCUAGCUAAGGCAAUAGUGAGUAUUACUUGUUUCCUACUAUUCAUUUUGACCACCUUUACUUCAAUGAAUAAACAUAGUUAUAUUAGACAUAAACUAGAUCAUGUUCAAGGAUAA